AUGUCGUCCAUCGAACGGCUGUUUGCCCGCCGCCGCUGCUAUAGCACCCUCCCCUAUUGCACAGGGAACGAGGCUGGUAUCACCUUUGCAAGGCCCCCACAGCAAUUACCUACUUGCGCGCUAACGUGUGAACGCCAUCGCCCACCAUGGCAAAGGAAAUGA